GAGAGAGAGAGGGAGGAGAGAGAUUUUCGGGUGUGUAUUUUUUUUCUUGGAGAUAGAGAGGGAGACAGAGAAAGGAGAGAGAAGUCCGGGCUAUUUUGGCAUUUCUUCAGAACCUGGUCGUAAUAUUUAUCCAUUGAUAAAGUAGAGGACGACGGUAUGGUUUUAGGGAAGGGAAGGGAGAGAAACAGUGAGCACCAAGCACCCAAACCCAUCUUUGGUGAUAGUGGUGGUGCAGUAAUUGCAGCAAUAAUACCAAUACCGGACCGGCAGCCCACCAUGACCGUCGAGGGGGCGGCAGCGGCGUCCGGGGAUCAGGAGAUCAUAGCGUGGUUCGAAGGGGUGGCCGAGAACGCUGGUCUGGUCCAGACGCAGACGCUCCGCCGCAUCAUCGAGCUCAACCACAGCACCGAGUACCUCCAGAAGUGGCUCGGCCGCGACCUCCGGGUCCAAGACCUGGACCCCGUCGCGCUGGAGUCCCUCUUCACCUCUUCCGUCCCUCUCGCCUCCCAUGCCGACCACGAGCCCUACAUCCAGAGGAUCGCCGAUGGGGAUACGUCUCCCCUCCUCACCCAGGAGCCCAUCACCAUGCUCUCCCUCAGUUCAGGAACCACUGAUGGGAGGCCCAAGCAGGUACCCUUCACGCGCUUCAGCUGUCAGUCAAGUCUUCAAAUCUUUCGAUUGGGAGCUGCCUAUAGAUCCAGGUUGUUUCCAGUAAGGGCUGGAGGAAGGAUUCUGGAGUUCAUCUACGGCAGCAAGCAGUUCCAGAGCAAGGGAGGCCUCACGGUUGGCACGGCAACCACCCACUACUUCGCAAGCGAGGAGUUCAAGACCAGGCAAAAGAGCACCGAUUCCUUCGUCUGCAGUCCCUACGAGGUGAUCUCUGAGGGGGACUACAACCAAUCCACCUACUGCCACCUCCUCCUCGGCCUCGCCUUCUGCGACCAGGUCGAGGUCAUUGCCUCCACCUUCGCCUACAGCAUCGUCCAGGCCUUCACCUCCUUUGAAGAGCUGUGGGAGGAACUGUGCGAGGAUCUCAGGGAAGGGACCCUCAGCACCAAGAUCACUUCGCCCGAGAUGAGGAGGGCGGUGAUGGGCUGCCUCACCCCGAGUGCUUCCCUGGCUUCCAAGAUCGAGAAGAAGUGCAGAGAGCUCGAGGAAUCGAAUUGGAGCAGCCUCAUACCUAAGCUGUGGCCCAACGCCAAGUACAUCUACUCCAUUAUGACAGGGUCGAUGCAGCCUUACCUGAAGAAGUUAAGGCACCAUGCUGGGGACUUGGCAUUGAUUUGUGCGGACUAUGGGUCCACUGAGAGCUGGAUUGGGGUGAAUCUGGAACCGUCUGAUCCCCCGGAGAGGGCGACUUUUACUGUGAUUCCAACCUUCUCUUAUUUUGAGUUUAUCCCUCUCUACAGGCGGAAGGAGCAAGACCACAGUAGUUCGGUGAUCACUGAUGACUUUGUGGAGGGUGAGCCAUUGCCGCUGUCCGAAGUUAAAGUUGGGCAGCAGUAUGAGGUUGUCCUCACCACUUUCACAGGCCUCUACAGGUACAGGCUUGGAGACGUGGUGGAGGUGGCGGGAUUUUACAAAGGGGCACCCAAAUUAACCUUUAUUUGCAGGCGGAAGCUAAUAUUGACCGUGAACAUAGACAAGAAUACAGAGAGGGACCUCCAGCUGGUGGUGGAGGAGGGGUCCAGGCUCCUAAGCCAGACCAGGGCCGAGCUGGUCGACUUCACCAGCCAUGCAGACCUUGCAGUUCAUCCAGGCCACUACGUGAUCUACUGGGAGAUCAAAGGCGAGGCCGAGGACAGAAUCCUCAACGCAUGCAGCCGGGAAAUGGAUGCGGCAUUCGCAGACCAUGGCUAUGUGGUCUCGAGGAAAACCGGUUCGAUCGGACCCCUGGAGCUCCGGAUUGUGGAGAGUGGGACGUUUCGGAGGAUAUUGGAUUACUGCAUUGGCAAUGGUGCUGCCAUGAGCCAGUUCAAGACCCCCAGGUGUACCACCAACCAGGUGCUGCUGAGGAUCCUGGACCGGUGCACCGUCAAGAGUUUCUGGAGCACUGCCUAUGGGUGACCGAGACUCUUGGUGUAGUUCCAAGUGUGUUGCUCUCGGAUCGCUAUUAGCAUGCUUGAGUUACUAUAUAAUUUAUAUGCAGUAUAUGUUCAUAUGUAUAUAGACGUAUGUAUGAGAAUCCUUGUUACUGUGCAAUUAAUGUCCAGAUUUUAAAGACGUUGGGAUUCAUUUGGAAAGAUGAGUUUUGAUAUAUGAAAUAUAAAGCAUGUGGAACAAGUGG